AUGUCCAACACCACCGUCCACGUCAAGAACAUCGCUGCGGCGACCGAGGAUAAGGAGAUCAAGGACUUCUUCAGCUUCUGCGGCAAGAUCACAGACAUUCAGGUCACUCCCGCCGGCGAGACCAAGGAUGCCGCCGUCACCUUCGAGAAGGAGACUGCUGCUAAGACUGCUCUCCUGUUGAAUAACACUCAGCUUGGCACCUCCCACAUCACCGUUGCCAGCGCCAGCGGCGACUCUAACGACGACGGCUCCCACUUCAAGGACAACGCGAACCGUGAUACCGAUGAGAUCACUCAGGAGGAGAAGCCCCGCUCUCGCAUCCUGGCCGAGUACCUCGCCCAGGGCUACGUCGUUGGAGAUGCCGCUCUCCAGCGCGCCAUCGAGCUUGACACCCAGCACGGCGUCUCCAGCCGCUUCUUCGGCACCCUCCAGAACCUCGAUCAGAAGUACCACGCCACCGACCGCGCGAAGGCUACGGACCAGUCCUACGGCAUCACCGCGAGGGCUCAGGGUCUCUUUGGCGGCUUGAGCUCGUACUUUGAGAAGGCUACCAGCUCCCCCACUGGCAAGCGCAUCGUCACCUUCUAUCAGGACGGCUCGAGACAGGUUCAGGAUAUCCACACCGAGGCCCGCCGCUUGGCGGACUUGAAGAAGGAGCAGCACGGCGGCAGCGCCUACAAGGCUUCCGGUCUCGAGAGAUUCCUUGGUAAGGAGAAGGAGAAGGCGGUGCCGCCUGCCACUGGCGAGACCAUCGGCACUCAGGCCCCGACCCAGCCCGACCCUACGACGGCUGUCCCCCUCUCCAAGCCCACCGAGGCCACUUCCGAGAAGACUGCGUAA